ACAUCAGCAUCCAUCGCAAGCGUCUGCGUCACAGGGCCACACACAGCUAGUUUAUUAGCUCGAUCGCUUUUUCUCGUGUGAUCAGUGAGUUGACGACGAACGAUCGGAAUGGCGAAGUCGUCGUCGUCAGUGCAGGCGCUGCUCGUCCUCGCGGUCCUGGUUGCGGCCGCGGCGUGCUCCACCACCGUGGCAGCGCGUAGCGUCCCGGCGGAGGAGAAGAAGACGGCGGCGGCUGGCGGGGAGGACGUGAAGCAGCCGGAGCUGCUUCACGAGGGGACGGUGCUGGUCCCCGGGCUCGGGCGGUUCGAGCUCGGCAGCAACUACGUGCCGGACAUCACCGGAUUCGACCACAGCGUCCCGGCCGCCGAGAGCGGGCAGUACCUCCCCGGCGCCGACGACACCUGGGUCCCCAACCCCGGCUUCGAGGUGCCCAACCCCUUCCAUCCCGGCUCGGCUUCUCCCUAAGCCGCCGGCUCGCCGCCGUACUUCGCCGCCGAGCUACCACCCGUCGCCGGAAUAAUAAUGUGGCCGUGCAUGCAUGCUUGCAUGGACAUCGGUCUGCGUGCGUACGUACGUUUCCCAGUCAGCCAACGGGAGCAGCAGUGGAUCACUGCUUUAGUUUUUCGAGUGUGUGUGAGUGUGUGGGGAUGCGUAGGAAGCAUCAGUUCAUCAGAUGUCUGGCUUGAUCGACCGUGUCUUUUUGUUAGCUUUGGUCUCGUAAUAAUUAAGUUGAUUGCCUAGCUAA